AUGGGAAACAUCUGCUCGCGCUCCAAAAACGAACCCGAACCCUUUUCCCAACCCGGUCGCGUCCUCGGCUCCAAUCCCCCUCCUUCGUCCGCUGCAGGUACUCCUGGAGGGAAGAAACCCGCCGGCCCGCGCGCCCCGCUCCCCGCAAACUCCAAAUCCAAUUUCGGCUCCCCGGGGAGGACCUUAGGGGAUGACGCCGGUGGCCAGAACGCUGAUGCUCGUACUAAUGCGGCGAUAGCAGCGCAGAAACGCGCAGAGUCCUCGACCACCGCCGGAAAAGGUAAACUAGGGUCGAAACUAGCGGCGCAGAAGGCCCAGACACAGACGCAGACCUUAAACGAGGUUAGUCGCGAUGAGAGAGCGGCGAGGGAUGCGGACGACGCGGCGAAUUCGAGAAGGUGGGAGUGA